AAUACAUGUCAAGAUCUUCUUUUACUAAAUGCCACUUUGUUCAGCAACUAUAGGAUAAAGUAAUAAAUAAAUUUAAGUUCGCAAACCUAUUCGCCGACAGGCUGAUUCCAUCGACAAGGAAAGGAUAAGGCUAAGUAUACGUAUUCACUUCCUCAUUUCAACCAUAAAUACUGGUGCCAAAUUACUAGGAAAAGCAUACUUACUCAGCACACCUCCUAGCCCACACCCACUUCUUCAGAUUCUCCAAUUCCCAUAGCCUAAACACACUUCAAUGGCUGUCAAAACCAAAAUUUUGAUCCUAGGAGGUACCGGAAUCAACAUCGGAAAAUUUAUUGUGGAAGCCAGUGCAAAUUCAGGCCAUCCCACCUAUGUGUUAGUAAGAGAGAGCACCAUCUCGGAUCCUGUCAAGGGAGAAAUUCUGGAGAACUUUAAAAACUUGGGGGGAGAUAUUAACAAUCAUGAAAGUUUGGUGAAUGCAAUAAAGCAAGUAGAUGUGGUGAUAUCAACUCUAGGUCUCAUGCAGAUAGUAGACCAAGUCAAGAUAAUUUCUGCAAUCAAAGAAGCUGGUAACAUUAAGAGAUUCUUACCUUCGGAGUUUGGGAGUGAUGCGGAUAGUGCUUACAAAAUUUCAGUUGAGCCAGCUAAAUCAGUAGUUUUUGGAGUCAAGACUCAAGUCCGUCGUGCUAUUGAGGCUGAAGGAAUCCCUUAUACCUAUGUCUGCUGCAAUUACUUUGCUGGAUAUUUUCUCCCGUCUUUGUUACAGCCAGGGGCCACCACUCCCCCUAGAGACAAGGUCGCUAUCCUAGGAGAUGGCAAUGUCAAAGGUGUUUUCAACAGUGAAGUAGACAUUGCGACUUACACAAUCAGGGCUGUGGAUGACCCAAGAACACUGAACAAGAUCCUAUGUGUUAGGCCUCCUAAAAACACACUCUCAUUCAAUGAGGUUGUUGCCAUUUGGGAGAAACUGAUUGGAAAAACCCUGGAAAAAACUUACAUUUCAGAGGAACAAAUCCUCAAAGACAUCCAAGAAGCAUCAUUUCCAAACAAUGUUGUAUUAUCACUGAACCACUCAGUGUUCGUGAAGGCUGAUCAUACCAAUUUCAAGAUCGAGCCAUCGUUUGGGGUGGAGGCCUCUGUGCUAUAUCCAGAUGUGGAAUACACCACAGUUGAAGAAUACCUUACCCAGGUUCCACCAAACAAAGUUCUGAGCUUCUUCCCUUCGGAGUUCGGGUUUGAUCCAGAUGGUGCUUAUGAAAUUUCAGUUGAGCCAGCUAAAUCAGUAGUUUUUGGAGUCAAAAAUCAAGUCCGCCGUGCUAUUGAGGCUGAAGGAAUCCCUUAUACCUAUGUCUGCUGCAAUUACUUUGCUGGAUGGUUUAUCCCUUCUUUGCUUCAGCCAGGGGCCACCACUCCUCCAAGAGACAAGGUCAUUAUCCUAGGAGAUGGCAAUGUCAAAGGUGUUUACAACAAGGAAGUAGACAUUGCAACUUACACAAUCAGGGCUGUGGAUGACCCAAGAACACUGAACAAGACCCUACAUGUUAGGCCUCCUAAAAACAGAGUCUCAUUCAAUGAGGUUGUUGCCAUUUGGGAGAAACUGAUCGGGAAAACCCUUGAAAAAACUUACAUUCCGGAAGAACAAAUCCUCAAAGACAUACAAGAAUUACCAUUUCUGGACAGUGUUUUAUUAUCACUGAACCACUUACACUUCGUGAAGGGUGAUCAUUUCAACUUUGAGAUCAAGCCAUCUUUUGGGGUGGAGGCCUCUGAGCUAUAUCCAGGUGUGAAAUACACCACAGUGGAAGAAUACCUUACCCAGUUUGUUUGAAAAAUUCCCCACCAAAAGGCUUUCCUUGUUAAUAAAAAUGAUAAAGUAGGAAGCUUCAAUGAAUGCCUCCUAUGAGAACAAUGGUGAUGAUUACUUUAAUUUCCUUUAAGUUCGAUGUUUAUGGCAUUAAGAACAUGUUGUCUCUUAGAUUGUCAUGUAAAAUUUUAAUAUUUGGAACAAUGAAAAAGAGCAAAACCAAGUUUUAUGCAGAGGAUAUUGUUCAAUGAACAAAAUUUUAAUAG